AUGAAUCACCACUGGAGGCUGAAUCUUGUUCGUAUCCCAAGAGGCCUCAUCCACCAGGGCGGCCUCGGGCCCGGGGUCCCCAGGGCGGCCCUCGCGGGGCGGGCGUCAGGACGGACACGGGCCGCCGCCGGCAGAGCACAGGACUGGGCGGGGCCUGCGCGGGCCGCAGCGGGACGGGGCGGCGGAGCACUCGGCGGCCGCGGGCACGAGGGCCCCAGAGCGCGGCGCCCCGGGGUGGAGGCGCCUCCGCAGCAAGCCGGCGGGACCCAGACGCGGCCGCUCGCGCCCCCCACGGCACCCACGGGGGACCCCGACUCGUCGCUCCCCAAGGCGGCGUCUGCGCUGCGGGCUGCGUCCUCGUCGCUGGAACGAAGCCGCCGCAGAGCCGCCGAGCCCCCCGCGGCUGCCCUCGCUCUCGACCCCUGCCGGCACCAGAGCCGCGCUCCCAGCAGGCAGGGGCUCCGCGACGCCGGCACACGGGCCCCAGGCACCCGCGGUGAGUGGAGCCUGCGCCGACCGAGGGACACCGCGGCCCGCAGGACGAGGGGCGGAGGGAACGUCCAGGGGCCCGCGUGGCGUCGGGCUGCCGGGCACGGGGGGGGGGGGCACCUGCGGCGACCAGCGCGCACCGGGUCUGGGCGAGCGGCCGCGUGUCCUCCGGAGAACUCCGGGCUCCCGGGAGGUGGCGGCCGCGUUCCCGAGGACGGGGCGGGAGGACGGGCCGGGCACGCCCCGGGCGCUGGGAGAGGCCGGGCAGCUCGGGGACACCGCGGGGGCCGGGGCGGCCGACGGGGCCUCUCAGGGAUCCGUGUCCGGCCUCGGCCCCAGGUCUGCGGCGACUGGCGGCCCGGCGUGGUCGGCGCUGGGCACGCGGCCUCCAGCCCCAGGGGAGGCUCCGGCGGCGGCGGCGCGGCCACGGGGACAAGCGCCGCCCUCGGCCGGGUGGGGCGCAGGGAGCCGCGGGGCGGGGCGGGGCGGGCUGCACGGCGGGGCCUCACCCCUGCGCCCCCGAGGCCGAGGCCAGGGCUUCCCCCGACGGGCCCGGCUCCGGCCCCACUCCCGGGGCUGCAGGCGCGGGCCUCGCCGGGCGCUCGGGGUCCUGAGGGCGCUGAUCCCGGCGACGCGCCCGCCCUCGCCCUCGCCCCAGGCCCAGGCCCGUGCUUCGCGGCGAGGACACGGGCCGCCCGACAGGGACGCGGAACACGACGCAGCAGCCACGGCCCGACCCACGGGGAGCCGCGGCCGCCGAGGAGCGUCGAGGUACGGGCGGCUUCGUCCCAGCUGCAGGCGGCGGCGGCCGACACCGCCACACGGGCACGCGGGGCCACGCGGGGGCAGGACGUGCCGGAGCCGCGCCGCCGUCCCCGUCCCCGUCCCCGUCCCCGGGGGGCCCCGAGGGCCGCUGCGCCGGGGAGGGCUCCCGCGGCGGCCACGGGCGGGCACAGGGGGCGUCCGGGAGGCCGGCCGGAGGCAGACGGGGCCGCGGGACGGGCGCGCCUUGGGCUUGGGGCCCAGGUGCCUCCGCCCGCACAGCUCGAGGCGGAGGCCGCGUGCUCCCCCUGCCCGCCCCGCGGCGAGGCCCCCGAGCUGCUCCGCCGCCCGGCCGGAAGCCAGGGCUCCACGGGGCCUCCGCGCCUCCCCUGCUGCUGCCCCGGAGCCGGAGCCGGAGCCGGAGCCGGAGCCGAGCCGAGGAGACCUCGCGGGAACUGCCGUCGGGACAGCCUCAAGCGGAAACCGGCCUCACCCGGCCCAGGGCGGCAGGAAGCGCCAAGACUUCCGGGCGGGCCGCCGCCACGCUCAGCCAGUGAGAAGCCGCCGCCAUCACCGGCAGCCAAUGAGAAGCCUCUGCCACGCUCAGCCAAUGAGAAGCCACCACCAUCACCGGCAGCCAAUGAGAAGCCUCUGCCACGCUCAGCCAAUGAGAAGCCACCACCAUCACCUGCAGCCAAUGAGAAGCUGCCGCCGCACUCAGCCAGUCGACACUUUCCGGCCUGCGAAUCCUCCAGCCCUGCCUGGGAAGCGGAGAACCCAGCUCGAAGACACUCUUUCCUCUCACGGAUCUACGUGGCGCCCUCGCCCGAGGAGGCCGUUAACCCCGUGACCCGCCCUAAGUCACUAAAAGCCAUUUUCGUGGGCUCCGGGGCCCCGGAAGCGACCAGUAAGGAAUUCUGUUCUUCAAAAACCGUUUCUUGUUUGCUCAGAAGCCAGUUUCCAUCAGAUGUUGAUUUGGGCUUUGCAGACUGUAACCCACGCCCUGGGUUUCCUGACAAAACACCGUGUUCUGGAGGACGCGAGUCCCAAGGAGUGGACCCGCCCCCCCCCCGGCCGGACCCCCGGGCGGCCUCGCGCUACCGAACUGUGCCCGUGUCAGGUUGUACUUGAGAAAAGUGCAAGACAUUUUUGAAUAUUUUCUGCGGAGUUUCAUGAAUGUGCUUUUGCGACGACUUAAUGUGAAUCUUUUGUAACCUGCCAGUAAUCUUAAUGUGCGACCAUACUGUAUUAUCAGGCUUGUAAAAUGUAUGGACUAUAAAAAAGAAAUUCUGAAAAGAUGCAAAACUAAUGCUGUACUCAUGCAUUAAUUACUGAAAAGUUGCACUGGCUCAUCAUUCCAUUGUUGAAUGGAAGCGUCGUUCAAAUUUAUGAAAUGACUAUUCACGACUCAGUAUUUUCUGGCAAGAAAAACAAUUAUUCAUUCAACAAAUAUUAGUGUUAGAGGUGUUAGGGUGCGUCACUGAAAUUCUGCCCUGUUGAGACUUGGGUCCUAGAGCAGAGAUGGGAAUGCAGAAGGAACAGCUGGCUUAUUAAUGUAACAACUGAGGAAGCAGACGACUUUUAUCUUGGAUACAGAGAAAGUAUAAGGUGCACUUGGAGGAUGCUGAGAAGAAUUUCAGCAAUACAGUUUUACCAACACAAAUUCAAAUUGUUAUGUAAGAUUUUUUUAUAUGGAAAAUCAGCAUAAUGUUUUAAUAGGCUUAUUUAUAUUUAUAUAUGUAAACAUGCAAAUUCUUAAUAUUUAAUAGGUUUAUUUAUUGUAUACUUUUAUUGAUGAAAGCAUCUACACAUACACAGAAUAGAGCAGUGGACUUCAUAUAUGUCACCCAGCUUUGGCAAUCAUUAGCAUUUUGCCAUACUUGUUUUACUGAUCUCAGUUUUCUUUUUGCUGGAGUAAUUUCAAAGAAAACCUUAAACACAUCAUUUCACCUGGAAAACCAUCAGUCGCAUCUCAAAUAAAAAAGGCAUUUUCCAGGGCUCCUGGGUGAUUGUCUGACUCUUGGUUUCAGCUCAGGUCAUGGUCUCAGGGUCUUGGAUUGAGGUGAGACUCUGCCCUCAGCAGGGAGUCUGCUUGUCCUUCUCCAUGCCCUUCCCCAUGCUCUCUCUUGCUCGCUCGCUCGCUCUGGCUGUCUCUCAAAUAAAUAAAAUCUUUUAGAAGAAAAGACAUUUUCUUACUUGUGGCAUUUUCACACCUAUGAAAAUUCACCAUGAUUUCUUUUUU